AUCUCGCAAGGUCCACAGCAGUCGAACCUAGGCCACCUGUCAAAGCAAGCUGAUAGAACCGAGAGAAACAGAAACGCUGCUCUCUCUGCAGCCGCUUUCUCUUCGUUAAUUCCAAUGCACUCCCCUCCCUCCAUAUAAAUACAAUCCCCCAUCUUUUCCCUCUUUUUCACCACCACCACCCCCAUCUUCUCUUUCAUUUUGAUUCCUCUCCAAUUAAUUAUCAUCACUAUGAAGCUCAAACCCUCACCGACCUCGCCAUCCCAAACCCUAACCAACGCGCCGUCGCAAGAUGCGCGUCUCCUCGUGCGCGAGACUCUCCGCAUCAGCGCCAAUCUCGCCUCCGCUCCGCCCGCCGAGAAGCCCGCGCCGCCGCCGCAGCUGCCUCCUGUAGAGCCGGGAUUUCAGGACCAGUUUGUCGAUUCGAGCUUCAGGUUGAUUUGUAGCGAGGAGAUCGACGGACGCCGCUGGAAUUAUUUUGCUCAGGAUAUCGGUUCUGUUAAGUUUAAGAAAGGCUCGAUUCGCGCCGUCAGCUUGCAGUCUCCGAAAGCUCCUGUUGAUGAGUUGGUGUCAUUUGUUAGAUCAUAUGUAGUUCCAGAAGGUUUUCCUGAUAGUGUGAUACCCUCUUAUGUUCCAUACAUGACAUGGAGAGCUUUAAAGCAUUUCUUUGGGGGUGCAAUGAGUGUUUUUACCACUCAGACGCUUCUGAAUUCAGUUGGGGUCUCUAGAAAUCGAUCUACACCUGGGGCUGUUGCUAUUAAUUGGAUUCUCAAGGAUGGAGCAGGCCGUGUUGGGAAGAUGCUUUAUUCUCGUCAAGGGAAAAAAUUUGACUAUGAUCUGAAACAGCUGCGGUUUGCUGGUGAUCUCUUGAUGGAGUUGGGAGCUGCUGUGGAAUUAGCAACUGCAGCUGUACCACACCUUUUCCUUCCUUUAGCAUGUGCUGCCAAUGUAGCCAAGAAUGUUGGUGCGGUCACAUCAACAUCUACUCGUACCCCAAUAUACAAAGCCUUUGCAAGAGGAGAAAACAUCGGUGAUGUUACUGCAAAAGGAGAAUGUGUUGGAAAUAUUGCAGAUCUGUUGGGUACUGGAUUUAGCAUCAUGGUUGCAAAAAGAAAUCCAUCUUUGGUUACCACCUUCGCUUUACUCUCUUGUGGAUACGUAUUCAGCUCCUAUCAAGAGGUCAAAUCUGUUGUUCUGCAUACACUAAAUCGUGCAAGAUUCACUGUUGCCGUAGAUUCUUUCCUUAAGACUGGGCAAGUACCAACAUUGCAGGAGGGAAAUGCAAUGGAAAGUGUAUUUAAUUUACCAUGGUCAAACCACAGCCCCAUUGUUCUUGGAUCAAGAUUCAAAGAUGCGUUCCAGGAUGCAAACUCUUACCUUGCCAUAGAGCCUGUUUUUGAGAGAGAAAGAUAUGUAGUUACAUAUAAUCCUUCUAAGGGUAAUAUAUAUGCGCUGUUCAAGGAUCAAGCAAAACCCGAUGACAUAUUGAAAGCUACAUUCCAUGCUAAUGUACUAUUGCAUAUCAUUCGUUCAUCAAACGGGAAUAGGUUUCCCAGGAGAGAAAAUGAAACUGAUCCUUCAGUUUUGCUGCCCUCUUCAACCAAUCUUGAAGCUCAUAUUGCAGACUCUUAUAAGAUGGUUUCAGCUUUGUAUGCGCCAUUUAAGAGCAAAGCUAAAGAACAGGGCUGGGUGAUGUCAGAAUCUCAUCUAAAUCCUGGCCGAGCUCGGCUCUGUGGAUUGACCAAGUGAAUGUGUCAAAUCAAUGACAUCUUCAUCCGUCCAGAGCAUCCAAUUUUCAAGAGAUUAGAUAGCUUAUUUAAACUCGGAGAGAGGAGCUACUGCAGUUCGUGCAUCAACCGAAUUGAUCAUCUUUAAGAGUAUCAGAUACCCUAAGUAAGAAGAUGUUCCCUAUUGUAUAUCAACCAUGACUUGUACAACCAGCAAUGUGUGUUAUGCCCAUAUUUACGUUUGUAGGAGAAAUCAGUUCUAGUGGAUAGAUAAAAUGUAUUAGUGCUUGUAUAUGAAAUAUAAAUAAACCAGUUUUGUCUUAUGUUGUAAUCUCUAUCGAUAAAAGGUCUUUUUCCCAUGUGGGGCCUUCUGUUA